AUGCCACUACGUCUACCAGGGGGGCUGUCCCAGCUCUCCUCCUCACUAUGGGAGUCUCAAUCACUCCUUCCUCGCGUCCAAUCCCGUCAAUUCGGCAUCAAAGCCCUCACCACACCUAAACCAAGUCGUUUCUCCAUCGGCCCCGGCCUCCCCGUCCUCGAAUCGACCUCCACAGCAGCCCUUCGCCGCAAAGCAUACACUCUCCCCCUGCGCAGCGGAGCAAUUGCCACGAAAAAGGGCAUGACCGCUAUCUUUGAUGCUGAAUCCGGCAAGCGCAUCCCCUGUACCGUCCUCCAAUUGGAUCGCGUGGAGGUUAUCUCGCACAAGACUCGACAGAAGCACGGAUACUUCGCUGUGCAGGUUGGUGCGGGCUGGAAACAUCCUAAGAACGUUACGAAGCCUAUGCUUGGUCAUUUCUCGGUUAAUGGGGUUUCGCCUAAGAGGCAUCUUUUUGAGUUCAGGGUCAAGGAUGAGGAGGGUUUGCCGCCUGUUGGAUCUAGUAUUGGAGCAAACUGGUUUCAGUUGGGACAGUUUGUUGAUGCUAGAUCUAAUACUAAGGGUAAGGGGUUUGCGGGUGUUAUGAAGAGACAUGGGUUCCAUGGUCAGGAUCGGAGUCAUGGUGUUUCUUUGACGCAUCGGUCAAUGGGAUCGGCGGGUCCUAGUCAGGGUGGUGGUUCGCGUGUUUAUCCUGGGAAGAAGAUGGCGGGUAAUAUGGGUAAUGAGCAGAAUACUGUGCAGAAUUUGAAGGUUUUGCAGGUUGAUGCUGAGGCUGGUAUUGUUGUUGUUGCUGGCUCUAUCAGUGGUCCUAAGGGAUGCAGUGUUCGCAUUCAGGAUGCUAUCAAGAAGCCUUGGCCUGAGGUUAAGGCUGAAGCCGAGGCCGUGGCUGAGGUUGAGGCUGCUGCUACUGCUUAA